AUGAAGUCUUCGGGACGCGUUCCACUACAGCGAUCUCCACUUCCCGCUGCACGCGAGGGCUGCAAAUUUGGAUGGUUCUACCCUAUCUACCAGAACCCCAAUGCGUCGAUCGAGGAUCGGGUGGAUGAUCUUCUACCGCGAAUGACACUCCAGGAGAAGGUCGCUCAACUGAUUCAAGGUGACCUCGAUGGAUGGAUGAAUCUCACCGACCCGAACGACGACACGAAACAGCUCACGUACAAAGCGGGAGCAAUUUGGGGUGGCUACCUCAUGCCCUGGGACAAGUGGGUGUACGGCAUCACCAUCGGGCAGCAAUAUCUGAUGGAGAACACCACGCUGGGCAUACCCGGCAUCGUCCAAUCCGAAGGCUUACACGGGUUCACGAAUAACGGCACCACCUGGCCCUCGCCCAUCGGGCUCGCCGCCUCCUUCAACGCGCCCCUACUCGAAGCAGCCGCAGAGACGAUCGGCUCCGAAGCCGAGGGCCUCGGCUUCCACCAGCUCUUCGCACCCGUCAUGGACCUCUCGCGCGAGCUCCGGUGGGGACGUGAUCCGUUCCUCACGGGAGAGAUGGGCGCGGCGUACGUACGCGGCGUGCAGAACGGUCGGAGACGGAACACGAGCGCCACGGCUGUUGCGCGGAUGGCAGCGACGUGCAAGCACUUCACUGCGUAUGGCUCGCCCCAGGGAGGCUUGAACUUAGCGCAGGUGUCGGGCGGCGAGCGCGAGCUCCGGACGUACUACCUCAAGCCAUUCGACCGCGCCUGCGCUGCGAGCAACCCUGCUGUUGAGGGUGGGUCGACGGCGCUGAGCCUGAUGAGCGCGUAUGCGAGCUACGACGGCGUACCUAUUAUCUCGAACUAUCAUAUCCUCACCGAAAUCCUUCGCGAGGAGUGGAAGUACCCCUACUUCGUCACGACUGACGCUGGCUCCCCAGACCUCCUCAUGACAUGGCAUUACACAUGCGCGGACCGCGAAUGCGUCGCCAAGCAGACGCUCGAGAAUGGGCUACAGAUGGAGAUGGGCGGCGGGACGUACACUUACUUGACUCUGCCCGAUCAGGUGGCCGCGGGAACUGUGGAUGUGAAUUACAUCGACGAGACGGUCAAGACAGUAUUAAGGACAAAGUUCGCCUUAGGACUGUUUGAAAGUACGGUGCAACAAUCCAUACCCAUAUGCCGACUACUUGUCACGCUACGCACGCCCGAAACUCGCGAAAUAUUGCACCAGAUGGAGCAGGAGCAGAUCGUCCUCCUUGAGAACCGCAAUAACGUGCUACCGAUCAGCAAGAACGUCAGCUCGAUUGCACUAAUCGGUCCACAAGCUAACCGCGUCACCCUCGGCGACUACGUCUUCCACAACGCGACCCUCAACGCCCUGACACCCCUGCAAGGCUUCACCGAGCUCCUCGCCAACACCUCCAUCUUCCCCACCAGCCCUCCCACGCUCAACUUCGCGCAGGGCUGCGAGCUCUGGUCGAACGACGAGUCGCAGUUCCCCGAGGCUGUUGAGGCGGCGGGGGCGUCCGACGUCGCAGUCGUCAUGGUUGGCACGUGGAGCCUCGACCAGACGCUCCUGUGGGAGCCGGGCACGAACGCGACGACGGGCGAGCAUGUCGAUCUGAGCAGCUUGGCGCUCGUGGGUGCGCAGAGGGCGUUGGUGGAGGCGGUCGUUGCGACGGGGACGCCGACGGUGGUCGUCUUCGUUAGCGGGAAGCCUGUGGCGGAGCCGUGGAUCGCUGUCAAUGCGGACGCGGUCAUCCAGCAGUUCUACUAUGGCGAGCUUGGUGGUCUCGCCAUCGCGGAGAUUAUAUUUGGAGUGGCGAACCCGUCCGGCAGGCUGCCCGUGUCAUUCCCCCAGAGCGUCGGCACUGCGCCCGCGUUCUACAACUACUACAAGGACGCGCGCCCGGUCGACGCUGGCUAUGUGACACCCAACGGAACUCUGGUCUUCGGGCAUCAGUAUGUGCUGAACACUCCCCAGCCAAUAUGGAGUUUCGGCCACGGGCUCAGCUACACGACGUUCCACUACACAAGUCUAGAGCUCUCCUCGUAUACUAUUGGAACCACAGAUGACUUCAACGUCACCGUCACCGUGGAAAACACGGGCAACGUGGAUGGGAAGGAGGUUGUACAAGUCUAUCUUACGGAUCAGGUCAGCUCCGUCGUGACCCCGAACCAGUUCCUCGCUGGCUUCACUAAGGUGUUCAUCCGUGCGGGUGGCUCGGAAACGGUGACGAUGCAGAUCAACUCGACGCAGCUCGCGCUCUGGUCGCUUGACAACCGAUAUGUCGUUGAGCCAGGCAACUUCACCGUCAAGGUAGGCACGUCGGACACGGCGUACCUGAACACGACGCUUGUUGUGGCCGACUCUUGA